GUGUGACCUUACAUUAAAAAAUUGCAAUUUAUCAGGUGUAAUUGUGAAUGAUAUGAUGAGAGAGUGUUGUAGUGCAGGAGUCAAGUUAGAAUUAAAGAAACUUGAUAUUAGGGGUAAUAAUCUCAGUGACAUUGAUGGUUCAUUAUUAGCAUCUUUAUUUGUUAUUGCUCCUACACUGAGUACUCUUAACAUGAGUGGUUGCAGUUUAUCCGGUGUAAUUGUGAAUGAUAUGAUGAGAGAGUGUUGUAGAGCAGGAGUCAAAUUAAAAUUAAUGCAGCUUGAUAUCAGUGGUAAUAAUCUCAGCAACAUUGAUGGUUCAUUGUUAGCAUCUUUAUUGGUUAUUUCUCCUACUCUGAGUACUCUUGACAUGAGUGGUUGCAGUUUAUCAGGUGUAAUUGUGAAUGAUAUGAUGAGAGAGUGUUGUAGAGCAGGAGUCAAGUUAGAAUUAGUGAAGCUUGAUAUCAGUGGUAAUAAUGUCAGCAACAUUGAUGGUUCAUUAUUAGCAUCUUUAUUGGUUAUUGCUCCUACACUGAGUACUCUUAACAUGAGUGGUUGCAGUUUAUCAGGUGUAAUUGUGAAUGAUAUGAUGAGAGAGUGCUGUAGUAAAGGAGUCAAGACAGAAUUAGCGGUGCUUCAUAUCAGUGAUAAUAAUCUCAGUGACAUUGACGGUUCAUUGUUAGCAUCUUUAUUGGUUAUUGCUCCUACACUGAGUACUCUUGACAUGAGUGGUUGCAGUUUAUCAGGUGUAAUUGUGAAUGAUAUGAUGAGAGAGUGCUGUAGUAAAGGAGUCAAGACAGAAUUAGCGGUGCUUCAUAUCAGUGAUAAUAAUCUCUGUGACAUUGACGGUUCAUUGUUAGCAUCUUUAUUGGUUAUUGCUCCUACACUGAGUACUCUUGACAUGAGUGGUUGCAGUUUAUCAGGUGUAAUUGUGAAUGAUAUGAUGAGAGAGUGUUGUAGUGCAGGAGUCAAGUUAAAAUUAAUGGAGCUCGAUAUCAGUGGUAAUAAUCUCAGCAACAUUGAUGGUUCAUUGUUAGCAUCUUUAUUGGUUAUUGCUCCUACACUGAGUACUCUUAACAUGAGUGGUUGCAGUUUAUCAGGUGUAAUUGUGAAUGAUAUGAUGAGAGAGUGUUGUAGUGCAGGAGUCAAGUUAGAAUUAAUGAAGCUUGUUAUCAGUGGUAAUAAUCUCAGCAACAUUGAUGGUUCAUUAUUAGCAUCUUUAUUGGUUAUUGCUCCUACACUGAGUACUCUUAACAUGAGUGGUUGCAGUUUAUCUGGUGUAAUUGUGAAUGAUAUGAUGAGUGAAUGCUGUAGUCGAGGAGUCAAGUUAAAAUUUAACCAGCCUAAUGACACCAUAUAGACAAAUAGAUAAAUAAAUUUCUCAAAUAGGAACAUGUUGUAAUAAUCAUAUCAAGUAUAUAUCAACGAAAAGAUCCCUUAUAUCAGUUGUAUGAAAAAAUGAGUCUCUGCUGGUAUUUAAACCUGCAACCUCUCGCUAUCAAGGAGAGUAUCAUAACCAUUAGGCCAUGUAAAGUUUAAAAAUUGGUUAGCAUCCUUAGGUUAUCAAUUUUCAUGGUAGGGAGAGAGGUUUUUUUUCUCUCGUCAAACAUGAAAAAAGAGUGUCGCAUGGAAAAAUAGCAAAACAAAGGAGAAAACAAUAGAGACUAAAAUUGCAUACAGGAAUUUUUUUAAUUUAUCUAUAGCAAGCAGAAACAUAAGAGAGUCAUAAUGCAGUUAUUUCUAUAUAAUCACGCACAAUUGAUCAAUAUAAUCAGAAAUGAGUGAUCUGGCUAGUGUGCUGACUGGUGGUAAACAAACCUAUAUUAAAUGGAGUUUGUGAGUGUUCUGUAAAGAAAACAAAAAGAAAAAAAAUCGGGUUGGUGGCCUCUCUGAUGUUAGGGAGGGGAUGCUAACCAAUUAUUUUUUUAUAUGGCCUUAGACCACGAAUACCUACAUUAUUUUUGCAUAUCUAACCCCCAAGCAGUUUUUCUCAUAAAGCUAACAGAAAUGUUCAAAAAGCUUGUAGAUCGCAACUUCGAAAUUAAAGUAAUGAACAGAGCGAUAUUUAGUAGAACUUGUGAAAAGCCCUUGCCUGCUCCUUAGUCUGAAUGCUCCCAUGCCAUAGGCAAUAGAUACCAAAUAAUUUUUUCUCGGCGAGUGUCAUGCUGUAUAAAACU